CCUCCCUCCCUCAUCCUUCUCCCCCCCCUGUGCACCAUACUUCCUACUAUUAUCUUGCUAUUGCUACUCUUAGUGCUACUUUUAUUUCCCUGUUUCUAUACUGUAUUGUUCCUUCCUCGUGUUUUUGUGUGGUUAUCGGUAUACUACUUUACUACUACUACUUCCAUUAUCGCCUAUCGUUCUCCUAUUUCCAUUGUACCCCUACUACACUUUUUGACCACCUUCCUUCCCUUCUUUUUUUCCGACUACGCAGCUAUGCCUUAUAAUACACGUCGCAAGUCGCUGUCGCUCCCCUCCUUGGGAAUUCAUCUCCCUAAUACAUCUCGCCGCUCCCCCUCCGCCACAAAAUCGCCUCACGCGACCGAUGACCAGCUCCCUCCCUCCAAGAAAGUGAAGCGGUCGCACGACUCGGCAUACUCGCUAUCUCCCGAGCCUUCCUCGUCUUCCUCUGCGCGCACUCCCGAUGGCAAGGAAUCCGCCGCUCCUCUACGUCAGAGUGGGCGGCGCGGGCCUUUGGAACAUACGCCACCGCCAUCCCCCACCGAUGGUACUGUCGCGACUAAGAUCGACACCGAGGGGAUCAAUGAUGACAUUGUGGUUGGUGUGAUUGAGCAGUUGGAAAAGACUGGAAACCGUCCUCAUUUGGUUAAGGAGUUGGCUGCCGUCCUUAUCGCGUUGAACGAGAAUGUCGCAAACUCUGCGAACCCUGCAGCUCUUUUGUCUUCUCGGUUAAGUGCCUACAUGAAGCGCCCGUGGACCGCCCUCGCGCCCUGUCCUAUAGCAAAGGAACUGGUCCCAAUCCACCCGCGCAAAGUGUACUACUACCUGACGACAUUGCCCCGUCAGCCUCUCCCAGAGAACUCGGACGAUGUUAUCAUUCCUGGGGUAGAGGGCAAGGAUAUCACUCCCAGCGUCUCCAGCGCCGAUCUAGAUGAGGAAGACGCGAUGGCGCGGGAGCGGUCGCGCCUCAGCCCCAGCCCAGAGGUGGAUCUGUCGUCUCCUGACUUCGAGGAAGAGUCCAUCGACUUGGACGGUCGCAAUGGCCCCGUCGGUGCGUCAAGAUCUGGCACCGACUUCAACGACCAUCACCACGCGCGUUUGAUGCACUCCAACCGUGCUGCCUCCCCGCCAUUGGAGGGAGACGAGAAGGAAUUCACACAAACUGCUAGCGCCGUGCGCGAGCGGGCCUCGGAGCAAAAAGGAGGCCAGCUUCAGAUUCCGGGAGGUGGCUUUUCUGCCCUCUCGGAAGGCCUGAGCGAGUUGCAUGAUGGAGCGAUGAGCAUUUCUGAUUCCGUCGAGGACAGCCCUCUCUCCUCCAUUAGCGGUGAUCGCAUGUCGGACGACCAGGAUGGCGACUACUUCUCGCACAACGCAUACCAGCAGCAGUCCCCUCUGCAAGAUCAUCUCCAGCAGCAGCAGGAUUUCGAUGACGCUGCUGUGGCCACUCUCUUCGGCACCUCUCCCUCCCCCUCCCUCACAUCUGUUGCCUCAUCCAUCUCGUCUGGCACGAGCGUGGCUUCCGAUGACGGGCUGGAUGGCGAGACGCAACCCGAGACCGUCGGACGCACCCCUCAGAUCAGCCUCCCAGAGGAUCUGACCGUCCCCCCGGUAUCGGCGCUCAAACGUUCCAUCGACAUGCUGAACAGUGGGCUUCCUGACCUGGACAUGAAGAUGUCCGAUCUCAAUGAGCAGGACGAUAAACUGCCUCUGGGAGCCAGUGCCUUUGCCAGCCAGGAUGUCGAGAUGGUCUUUGAUUCGUGGCGAGAGCUGCAGAGUCCCGAGACCGUGGAAGUUGAUGAGCUGGACGAGAUGUUCGGGGAAAUCUGA